AUGUCCGGGAACACUUUGUACGGCAGCGGGAGCCACGGUCGAUGUUCGCAUGGCGAUGUCCCUGGAAAGUUUGGAGGUUUGCCGUUGAAAGUUGCAAGGGUGGCUGUAAUUCUGCAGCUUGCCAUCGGUCCUCAUCCCUCACCACCCCGCACUAGAUCCAUGUUCUACGAAUGUCCGUGGGCUCACGUUCCGAUACAAACAAGGCGACAAGGAGACUAUAACUACCUACCAUCUCUGAUGCCAAAGGGAGGCACCACUAGAGGCAAAGGUGCAUGUGCAGAUGCAGGCAGAAGGUUUGGCGAUGAAGGUCUGGGUUCAGGGCACUUCUCCGAGACCGAGGAGGGGUAA